GAGCCCGAUAGUGGUAGAAGUAGAAGGAAUCUACUGAUUUGGUCUGCGCAUAUACCGAAUCGAUUGAGAAAGGGCUUAUCUGCGAGUUCUAUUAGAAUAUCGUGACAUUUCUUCAAGUUUACAAGUUUAUUUGCUACAUUUGUGCGUUUAAAAAAAUUCAAAAUGAAUUUAACCAGUAAUUUUUUGAAAAUCUUGUUAAUUAUUGUUAACAUAUUUUUUGCGCUCUCCGGCAUAGUGUUGAUCAUAGUAGCUGGAAUCGUGAUAGCGGAUAUGAGGUAUUUCAGCGGCCUGAAGAAUGAUGAGGUUCGAACAGGCGCCAUCAUUAUCUUGGUUCUCGGUAUCGUCAUAUUGGCAGUGGCUCUGUUUGGUCUAUAUAGCGUCAUGAAAAAGUCGCCACGUCUUCUGAAAAUCUAUGGCGGGUUAAUUUUGAUUAUAUUUAUAGCCGAGAUCGCCUUAGUGAUAGCGUUCUUCAUAUGUAAACCAUUUUUCGUGGAGAAGCUUUCCGAUCAUAUGCACCGCAUGAUUGACGGUAACAAUGAAGAGGACUUGAAAACAAUGGACACUAUCCAGCGCGACUUGAAAUGUUGUGGCGUAGAAUCGCCAGCAGAUUGGAUUGAUCAAUCGCCUACUAAGUCGCUCCGAAACAGCUGUUGCGUCCCGGAACACAUAGAUGCUAGUACAAAUGACUGCAAGGAUGCUCAACCCCUAUUCAAGGAUAAAUAUUUCCAAGUUGGCUGUCUAACAAAGCUCAAGGAUUACCUCACGAUGAAUGCAGAUCUCUUAACGUAUAUUCUGCUUGGCUUCGCGAUUGUACAAAUCAUCUUCAUAAUUUCUGCCUUCCUUCUCGCCUCUUACUACGAGAAAAAAUCGUCGGCUCAAUAAACAAUCUCCAUGAUUUGUAUCACGGCUUAGUCUGUAGAAAUCUCAUAAUUCUUUGCUCAAUUUUUAAUGUAUCACAAAUUUAUAAUUUAUCUUUGUUAAUUAAAAUUGUUGUUAGCACAAAAAUGACGGGCUGCAAAUAUAAUAUAGAGAAACUGGUAGAGUU